AUGCCUUCUCCAAGCCUCGACAAAGACACUUCCGGGCACAAAACCCCACAAUCAAGUUUAGAAGACGGAGUAGAGGUCCGCGGAACAUUCAAGGAAUAUGUGGAACGUACAUUUGGUGAAAGAUACAUUCUCGAGCAUCCAGAUCUAGUCUCGCUUUUUGAGCCUUCAGAUCCCCGUGAAUCGUCCAUAUCUGUUAUUUCACCAGCAUUAGAGUUACUUGAGCUUGCUUUCGCGUCACUCACAAAGGUCGAAGUUCAAUCCACCGACAUAAAAAGCGCUCUUCACACGAAACUUUUCUUUGACGAGACUUUUUCGAUACCUUCAUCACUUGAAAAUACACCGGUGAAAGCAUUGGUGCUGGUCAUAAAAGCUAUAAGUAAUGAUGGCUUGCCUGUUGAACGGAAAGAAGCCAGAGAGUUCAUGAGUUUGUCUGAGCCCGUCCGUAGUCAUCUCAUUUACAAGUGUAGUUCCCCAAAUGACUGUACGGGGAACAAACUGGAAUGCAUCAUCGAUUCCGAGGGUCCAUCGGUUAUCCAGAGACCUACCGAAGACUCGCCCGACUAUCUUCCUCAUCAUUCAACCACGAGUAGUGAUUUCAAAAUAGAUUUUGUUCAUCCUUGCCGCGAGUAUACUGAACUCUUUGAACUGCUUCACGGCUCCAAUCAAACAGAUCGACUCAGUCAUCACAAUGGGGUACUUUUAGUACCAGAAAAUCGGACCCCCAAUUAUUACAAUUCACAGGGACCGAGCGAGGAUCUACUACGCCACUAUUAUUUGGACAAAGACGAAGACGGGGUGGUUCAAGAAUUGGUGAAGUACUCGAUAAGUGAUAUAGUGGCUGACGCCCUUCAAGAGUCGAUCUGA